CCCAUCCAUGUUUUCACAUGAAUUUUCAGGACUCUUGAAAACCUGCCUGAUAAAUGACAAGUGUUUUGAUCUUGAGAUAGUUUUAAGUUUAGUCUCUUCAUAAUGCCUUUGGUUUUUAUCAGUUUUUAUGAAAGCACAUUGAAGUAGUUAUUGUCGUAUGAUGACAUUUAAGUGCUGACUGAUCAUUAAAAACAAAGUGAAAACUGCUGAACUAGCUCAUCACUGUAAGUCACUGUAAUGACUGGAGGAAGUCAUUAGUGCAAAAAUCUAAUAUUGGGAUUGUUAGUGUUACACAAAACUCUGACUGUACCUUCACUAUGCUUCUACUGUAAAGCAUAAAGAUGGAAGGUUUGUUCUGUAGGGAUGUUUUUCUGUGAAAGUAGCUUGUUGACUGUUUUGUACAGAGCGUUGUAUAACAGUAGGCAAAUGCAGAUUAUAAUUAUUUAAGAAAACAUCCCACGAAAUACCUAAAAAUGGCUGUUAUCAAACCCAUCCAGCCUGACUGACCAUAUCAAACUACAUGAGAAUAAUUCAUUACAGGUUUGCCAGGAAGUCUGGGGAUUCCCCUUCUGUGUUUACCAAAUUUUUAUAAUAUACAAUUUCUCCACUUUGAAUUUUUCAACACUAAUCCCAUGUGGAAUAUUUCCUCAUGCAAAGUAGCUUCCUGGAUCAUUAUGUAAAUGCUCACUGGAUUCCUAAAUUCACCAGACUUAUUUCUCAGUAUUUGUGUAAAGACUCUCACUCUGCCACCAUGUUUCUCUUUGUGCUGUCGCUGCUGGUCAGCGGUUCACAAGCUUCACAUUUUCUUGGCACUAUGAUGACUUACUACCCAGGGGAAACUCAUACUAACGGAUAUGUAUCAGUGAUCCUUUGCUACAAGCACAAUUUUGUCGGGUGCUCACAAAGUGACACCUGGGACUGUGAUGGCAACUGCGGGUCUUGGACUCAGACGCUUUCAUUAACCAAAGUGGACGAAGUUAGCAGUGAAUGGUGUCAGACAGAAGGAAUCAUAAUUUGUCAGCUUCCCAACAACACUGGAUUUCAGACUAAAUUGGAUGGCGGAGGGUGGAUAAACAGCAUUUUAAAUGGUGUUGGAUACUGGAGAGCUGUGGCUGCUGUUGAACUGAGGAACCGGUCCGACAUUGGCAAACCCAACACAUCACCACAGACCACCAUCCUCCCAGCUUUAAGAGUUCCAGGAAACUGCCCAAGAACUAUUAACUUGUUGACCUUUGACCCUGAUGGAGAUGAAGUUAAAUGCAGAUAUGGGAAAACAACAGAUUCAGAGUGUAACCCCUGUAACCCUCCGCCUGUCCUCAAUGUCUCAUCAUCCUGUUCUCUGACAUUCAGCUCCCCUGUAAGCAGCACCAGUUCUGAACUUCGUUAUGCAGUCCAGCUGGUGAUAGAAGAUUUUCCCAGACAGACCAUUACUCUGACUGAAACCGGCGGCUCACAGGAAGUGAAAACUACCGGCGACGCCAUCAGCAAGAUACCUUUACAGUUUGCCUUGAAAGUGAUUCCUGAGGUGCCAUCCUGUGCUGAAGGAUCCUAUGUGGCCAGAUUUGUGCCUCCAACUCCAGACAACAGAGCUCAGAAAUUCAUCCAAGUCAAUAAGAUGCUGGAAAUCAACAUCAGAGCAGAAGCAACUCAUUCCAACGUUACUGGACUCCUGUUCAGCGGGCCUCACAUGGUAUCUAAGAGUUCAUCCGGAUCAGGAAGCUUCACCCUGAGGUGGACACCAUCCGCAAGAGAAAGUGGACAGAGCACAGAUCUGUUUUGUUGUUGAGACGAGUUUCAACAGUAACACCUACCACUCUGACCUCCGAUGUGUCACUGUGACCGUUGGAAACUAUUAUGUUGUAGCUCUCAGAGGGAAGAUCUCAACUACAUUAUCACUGGAGAAUGAUUAUGAUGCUCUCGUCAAACAGAUUAAGGAUGAACUGACUAGACGAGGCCUGCACACAAGCAUGAACGUACGCCUCCGCAGGACGGGUUGAUUUAAAUUUGGGACACACUCUUCAUACCUAUACUUCUGCUGAGUGAUGCAUUUCCUGAAAUUGGGAUCUAUCGCUUUUUGUUACAUAUUAUGUUAAUGAUCACAAAUAUUUUAGUUGAUAUAUUUCUGUUGAUAGCCACUGGAGAAAGAUCAAAUCUCCUUCCUGACGGUUUAAAAAUAAUCUGGUCUAGUCCAUGAAUGGAUGGACGGGUUGUUGAGCAACGUUUUUGUUAUCACAAUUAUUUGUGUCUGUUUUAGUUUUUAUAACUUUCUUCUACAUAAAAUAAACAAUUGUAAUGUUGAUCAUCAUCUGCAUAAAUUUUUAUAGUUUCAGAUGAUUAAUUUCAUCAUUUAAUUUAAAGACUCUUCACAGAUGAUCCGUUUCAUAACCAACGGCCAAAUAUGUUUUUACAAAUAUGUUAAAAAAAACCAAAACAUUUUUUUAUUAAAGUAACACAUGCAGCUUUAAUGAACUAAACGUUGGAUGAAAUUUGGCAUGACCUACAUGUUGAAGUGGCAGGAAUCAGAUUUACUUGGAUGAAAAGAUUGGAAUUGCACCGUUCAGAGUGACGUGUAAAAGUCAGUCUGGGUUGCUUUUGCCUGCGGUGUGAAAUUUAACACAAAGAAUCAGUGGACUAACAUGAAACGACCCUAAUGACAAAUAUAAACAACAGAGAAUUAGCAGACUAUGGCAAGACCAUCAUAUUAAACCUGGAAAUGAACAGAAAGAAAACACAAACACGUGUGGAUCAUGACACACAGUUUGCUGGUAACUCAAACGCACGAGUCUAGCAUAACGGAGAAAUGGCUUGUGGAGAAAUCCUACGACCGCUAAGACCUGACGGCUCUCCAUUUUGGUUGCAGGUUGUUCACCCAGCCCUGCACACCAACUGAAAAUGCAACAAAUGUUGCAAAGUUGGUCUCAAAUCCACCUGAGUCUUCGGGACCAUCAGGUGUGAAAACUCGGUAAUUUGUUUGAACAGAUUAUAGGGGAUCAUGCAUCCUUUAUGCCGUCUGCCAUGUUUCCUGUGGAAACUCGAGACAACAGAGCUGCUGAUUUACAUACGGAAAUCAGCAGCUCUGGUGGUGAUUUCCAUAGGUAGUCUGUCUAGUUCACACAAUCAAAGUUUGCUUAGAAAAACGAUCACAGAGCGAGCUUUAAGGAAGCUGAGGCCCGGAGUUUGACCUGAUCUGGUGGUUCAUUAUUCCCAUCCAUAGCAAUUACAUCUACUUGAGUAACGUCUUUGAAAAUAUUUACUUUUAGGAGUAUUUUUACUACUCUGUACUUUUUACUUUUACUUUAGUCAUUUUAUUAUGAA